UGGAUAAAGAAAAGAUUCAGCAACAAUGGACGUUGUUGAAGGGGGGUUUAAGUAAUUAUCCCGGAAAGACUUUCCUGGGUUUUUCACUCACAUUCUCUACCCUCUUUCUCUCUGUCUCUCAUCAUCACAUCUUAGUUACCCAAUGGUACUUAACAAUUUUAAUCUUUCGUUACAUUUGUAAAUUAAGUAUAAAUUAGGGGAAAAAAAGGAAGAAGAAGAAGUAACAUUACCCAAAGUUUGGAUUUUGGGUUUGGGAUAGUUGGCAUGAAUUAUCAAGGCAAUCGGGAGGAGGAGGAGGUGGAAGCGGCGAAGAAGAGAUGCCGAGUGUUGAUAGAGAAAAUAGACUCUUUGGGCAUCACCAUCACCCAACCUUGCAAGCACACCCUCUCCAAGUUGGCCCAUUCCGAGCUCUCUUUUCUCUCUCGCUUUCCCAAUCCAACCUCUUCUCAACCUCUCAGUGUCAACAUUGGGCACCUGGAAGCCGUUGUCCACAUUCUUCAACAACCUUUCUUAACUGCAGUUUCCCGUGUUUGCAAGCCACUUCCACUUCCAUUUUCAAAUACCAAUAAAACCGAUUCUUCUUCUUCUUCCAAUCCCAUCCAUGUCCAUAUUGUAUGUACUCUCAAUAAGAACCCAGUUUGGAUUAUUGUUUCUGAUAGAAACCCAAACUACAUUUCUUGGUAUCCAAGUAAGAAAACCAAGGGUUUUAAGUCUAGAAUUCAAAAAGUCCUUGAUGCAGCACAGUCAACCAACACCUUAAGACCCUUCUCUAUUGUCCUCUUCUUUUCAAAUGGACUCACAAACUUUAUUCAUCAGAAGCUCAAGGAUGAAUUUGGGGCCUCCAAGCUAGCACUGGAGUUCUCUGACUCUGAUUUUGAUUUCUGUGAGGAAUUUGAAGGUGAAUGGAUUAAUGUAAUUCCGAGGUCGUAUAAAGAGACAUGUAUACUUGAAAUUAAGGUUGAUUGUGUUGUGGAUGAUGCGGCGAGUUCUGAACAUGGGACAAAAGAUCCGUUUGUGAAUGUUUUGCCUCCUGAGUGUCAAGGAAGCGAUGCGCAUCUAAACUUGGGCUUAGGCAAUUCUUUUUCUGCUCUUGUUUCACAAAUGAAAAAGGUGGGGUCCACUAAGGUGGAGGAGUUCCCUGGUGAGGAUGAUUUUGUAAACUUUGAUACAACAGCUUUGAUAGCCCUUGUAUCAGGAAUCAGCAAUGGUUGUGCAAAGGAACUUUUGAAAAAACCAGAGGUUGAACUGCGGCAUCGGUUCAAGGGAAAUUAUGAAUUUGUGAUUGCACAGGCAAUGUCUGAAAUUCAGAACCCAAUACAUGCAGACCUGAGUGUGGCUACAUCUGGAAAGAGAGGCAUCAUAUGUGAAAGUGUUCUUUCAGAGUUCAAGGAGUUAGUAUUGAUGUGUGGAGGAGGUAAUGAGAAGAGCAGAGCUGAUCAGCUACUGAAAUGCCUCCUGAUUGUGCGAGAUAGCCCUUCAGAACGACUUAUAGGCCUACCAACUACAAGAAAGCUGGCACUGAAAAACAAGAUUGUGUUUGGAACUGGUGAUUACUGGCAUGCUCCGACUUUGACUGCAAAUAUGGCAUUUGUGAGAGCAGUUGCACAGACUGGGAUGUCUUUGUUUACCAUUGAGCAUAGACCACAGGCAUUAACUGGUAACUAGCCAUGGUAACCAGUGAGACAUGCUAGGCAGAGGAAAUCCAUUUUUCGUUAAAGUGUUCUAGGGCUAUCUGUACAGUUGUCAGCUAUGUCUUGUAUAUGGUAGAGCAAACUCGCAUUUUCACUUACAGUAGGCUGUUUCAAUUAAUGAAAGUCAUAUUUGGAGAACA